AUGGAGCUGGCAUCUCGAGUUAGCACAAUCCCCACCAAUGCCGCUCGCUGCCUACCUUACUGCCCCGAGAAGAAAGACAAGAAUAAUGUUUAUAAGCAGCCAGCGCUCAUAUGCUGUGAAGAUGUCCAGACUAUAUUCUUUGCUUGGUCCUGGAGAGCCCUCAGCAUUCCCUCCCAAACUCUCCCACUGACUCAUGGACCAGAAGAUCAGAUUUUGCAAUGGAGGGAAACCUGUAGGCAGGGGACAGCUUUGCAAGUUCCCUUUGGUUUCCUCAGGCACGUCCGAGACACCUCUCAGCUAGUCACCAACAAGGUACACAAGAAGGCUUCUGUUGUGCAGCUGCCACAGAAACAGGGGACAGAUCAAAGCAGGAGGGGAACAACAUCUGCGGUAACCAGAGCAAAAAUGAGGUACCCUGAGUCAGAAAGUUCCGCUGUGUACUUGUGGAGUUACUUGUGGAACUCAAGUAAAGGACCUUACCUC